UAAUUUUAAAGAAGAAUGUCGAUAAUCAAAUUUAAGGAUUUAAGUGACGCUGCUCCUGAGAUUCUUGCUGAAGGAAUAGAGGUGAUUGCUAAGAAGCUGGAGGAAGAGAAUUUACAGGCUAAGGCUCAGGAGAUUAUUGAGAGAUAUGAUAUACAUGGGGAUAAGAGUUUGCAGAGAAGUGAACUGAUCAGGUUUUUGUAUGAUGUUUUUGAUUCAGAGGCGUUUGAUGUGGAGGUGGAUGAUGAGCUUGUGAGUAAAUUGAUUGAUGAGUGAGAUUUGGAUGGAAAUGGGAAAUUGGAGAAGGAGGAUGUUGUUGAGCUAAGUAGGAAGAUAUUGACUGCGAUGAGAGAUGAGUUUGAAAAGUGUUUGAAAGAAAAAGAAUAAGAUUGGUUUCAAUUAUGCCAAAGGAAAAAGAUUCUGUGCAAAUACUAAAGAUAAAAAUUUGUAAUGCCACUAAAGCUUCAUAAAAAUUUGC